AUGUACCAGGGCAUAAUGACCACCAACCACGGACCCCCUUCCUACGAGGCCGGAUUCCUGCACAACGCCUCGGCGGGCGCCUCUCCGGUGUACGUGCCCACCACCCGGGUCGUCACCCCCAUGAUCCCGGCGCUGCCUUACCUCCAGACGCCCGGCGCGUCGCAGCAGAGCAGCCCGGUGUCGAGCCACUCUGCCUGGGCGCAGCCGGGCGCGGACUCGGUGCCCUCCUACAACCACUCCCCGGUGUCUCCGCGCUUCACCUUCUCCACCAGCCCGCCGCUGUCCUCCGGCGUGGCCGCGGCCCGGGAGACGGCGGUGUCCUACAGCAGCCCGCUCAACAUCUCCGCCAACGGGAGGGAGCACUACGGCGCGCGGGCCCUCGGCGGUUCCUAUCACAGCCCCUACCCGGCCUACAUGAGCCCCAACGUGGGUGGAACGUGGCCGGCGUCCCCCUUCGAUAGUCCGGUGCUGCACGGGCUCCAAACCGGAGCUCCUCCGGGCACGACGCGGCACCCGAACAUAGAUUUGUUUGACGACUUUGCUGAGGGGCGAGAGUGUGUGAACUGCGGGGCCAUGUCGACCCCCCUCUGGAGGCGGGAUGGUACCGGCCACUACCUGUGCAACGCCUGCGGACUGUACCACAAGAUGAACGGCAUCAACAGACCCCUCAUCAAACCCCAAAGACGGCUGUCGGCCUCCAGGAGGGUGGGUUUGUCCUGCACCAACUGUCACACCACCACCACCACCCUGUGGCGGCGAAACGCAGAGGGAGAGCCGGUCUGCAACGCCUGUGGCCUCUACAUGAAACUCCACGGGGUUCCUCGACCUCUAGCUAUGAAGAAAGAAGGGAUCCAGACCCGCAAACGCAAACCCAAGAACCUCAAUAAAUCCCAAAUCGGGACUCCAGGCAGUGACGGGACUCCAGUUACACCCAGCAGCACUCCUCGAGCCUCCACCACCACCUCCACCACAGAGGAGCCUCGCCAGAUAAAGACAGAGCCAGAAAACCACAGCUUGUACACACACCACAGCUCACACACACAGAUUUCAGCCCUACCGGCCUACAUGGCAGCUCAGGGAAGCGCCAUCCCUCUCAAGAUGUCUCCUGGAGGACACAGCGGCUCCUCCGGCUCCAAAGCCGAACCGUGGAACAACCUCAUCCUGGCUUAG